AUAAGGAACCAUAAAUUUUAAGUAUGGUAAGAUAUCUAUGGUAUAGCGUGUUAAUGAUAUUACGUCAUAUAUAAACAAAUACAAAGAGUGCGGGGUUUGUUUAUUUACUUGAAUGUUACAUCGUAUUACAAUGAAGCAGUUUAAGCUAAAAAUACAUCAACAAAAUUAUAGUGAUGCCUUGUUGAUUUUCAAUACAUCAGAUUUGCCUGAUGUGAAAACAUUUGAUCUUCUUAAGAUUCAUCACUGCAAUGGAUCGGCAAACGACUUUGUUCUGGUUCAGGUUAUUUCAUUAAAAGAUGGGGAAAUGGCAAAAGAUACGAUCAGUAUUGAAGCAACAUUAGCUCAAUCAUUUGGACUGAAAGUUUUCCAAGAUGUUUAUGUAUACAAAACAGAACCAGAAGAUGUAGCUCUUGAUUUGUUUGAAGUUUCAUUUAAAGAUCAAUAUAUAAGUCGAAGUGAUAUGUGGAGAAUGAAGAAAACAUUUUUGAACUCGUGCGUUUAUAUCGACCAAUAUCUUCCUUUCUCAGGCAUCAGAGCUCAAGUGAGUGAACUUUGGUCAAACAGCAUGAAAGUUCGUUGCGGGUAUAUCACUGACAACACGAACUUUGUGUUACGCUCGUAUACAGCUGAGGUUUAUGUAUUUAUUCAAAUGAGUUCGGAAAUGUGGGAAUAUGAUGCAUAUGGUUAUCUUCAAUUUGAAAGAGCAAUCAAUGGAUUUUUAAAAGCAUUAUUCAAAAAAUGGAAACAAAAGAAAUGUUGUCAUGAACUUACUCUUGUUUUAUUUUCACGGACGCUGUACGAAACACAAGACAUUGAAGAUUUUCCAAUUCAUCUGAGAGAUUGCCUGCGAAGAAAUUAUCAAAAUCAACUUUACAUGGAUUUUUAUAAAUGUGUUGUUCAAACUGAAAGAUUGGAGGAUUGUACAAGUCUUAUUACAACUUUAAAAAGAUUAUUUAACAAAUAUGAGAAGCUUACAGAGUUGGAUGGUUGUCCUAAAGGAAUCAAUUCAACUUCAUCUGAAGGGAAUUUUCUUGAAGCAAUCAACCUUUCAUUGAAUGUAUUCGAACAACAUCAUAUCAACAGAAACUUUGACCGAACUGGUCAAAUCGUUGUUUGUAUUACACCAGGUGUUGGAGUGUUUGACGUGGAUCGUAAACUCACCGUUCUCACCAAGGAACGAAUGAUAGAUAAUGGGAUUGGAAGCGAUUUAAUUUGUCUUGGUCAACAACCCCUACAUGCAGUACCAUUGUUCAAGUUUCACUACGACCAACAACAAAAAAAAAGUUUUUCGUUUCCAAAAAGGGAGAAUUUCCCCACCUCUAAUUCGUCUGACUUCAACAUCCCACACUGGAUAAACCACAGUUUCUACACUUCCAACCCUUUUCCUGAUGAAGGAACCACAAAUAUCACUUACAUUCCACGUAUUCGUCACCCAAUCAUGGAGGUGAAGGAAAAGUCACAAGUUCCAACAUUACCUGUAAAUAAUGUUACAAACAAAGAUACACAACUUCCAUCUCUUCAACAUAUUAAUUAUGAUGACUUUGACAACCAGGUGUUUAAAUAUCAACAACCUUUGGUGAAAAGGAGAAAUGGAAACGAAUCAAUCGUUUUCAAACAUAACAAAUUUAAGAGUGAAGAUUUAUUUAACAUGGAGAAUACAACAUCUGAAGAUGAUAUCCCAUCUCGCCCGUUAACUCGUCCCGUCCACAUUCCAAUCACUAAACAACAUCAUUUAUUAAACAACCAAGCUGCAGCGAGUUCACUUGGUUCAAAUGAUCGAUACAGACCAAAUAAUGAGAAGAUUGAAGCUUGUUUAUUGGUUGGCAGUGCGCAUGCAGGCCAUGGUCAUUUAUCGAAGCAACAUGUUGUUGGUGGUAACAGCCGAGCUUUGUUCAAUCCUUUCAAACCAUCGCAUAUGUACGCAAGGUUAACGGCUAAUAGACGAAGAUGGGUUCACACUUAUCCACGUGGUCCGCAAGGUGAAGCACUCGUGUUGCAUCAUCUACAAUCACGGGAGAAACAAUCACGAAGUAGAGAAAUAUCAGAAAGUUAUGAAAAUGAGACCGUGAUCAAUGCUUCAUGUGCAAGUUUAGAAUCCCCUGUUUCAUAUAAAGCUAGUUUCAGCACCCAACAUGCGUUAGGUGGAACAGACGGUGUUUCGUUGAGCAGCUCCCUUGCGAGUUCCAAUCCAAGUUUAUCAAGUAACGACAACUUGGAUACUUUGCUGCAAAAUUCUUCAUUGCAUAAAGGAAUGAGAUUGAACAAACCAAUAUCAAGUUAUGGUUUUAGUUGGAUGUGGGGGAUUGCUGGGGAUUUGCAGUGGACGUCUCAGACAAACACUGGUUGUUAUUUGUUUUUUCUUUAUUUUGUCAUUCACUCAUAUUGCAUGUGCUCACUGUAGCUUUUUCAUUGGUCG